AUGAAGGGCCAAGUCACUCUUUUAGCCCUCGGCAUUUUGCGCCUGGCAUCCGCAUUUUCUCUUGCCGAAGACCCGAAGUUCCCUUAUCAGGUCCCGGACUUGAAGGCCAAUCGAUCACCAUGUCCCGUCCUGAACGCCUUAGCCAACCAUGGCUACCUCCCACGUGACGGAAUGAACAUCAACAUGGAGCAGCUCAAGUUCGCUUUCACGAAGGCCCUCAACAUCGACGAAAAGGUCACUGUUAAGCUUGCCGAGCCAACCUUCCCUAUCUCGACUACGGGCAACGCGAGUACUGUCAACCUGAAGGACAUGGAGAAGCAUAACGUCAUCGAACAUGAUGGGAGCUUGUCUCGAGCAGAUGUUGCCGUCACCGGAAAUGCCAACAAGUUCGACGCGAGGGUCUGGAAUGGGGUCAAGGCACACUUCACCGGUCCGACGAUCGAUACAAAGACGAUGGCGCUGGCCAGGAGGGACAGAGUCAAGGUGGCAAUGAUGACCAACCCCGAAUUCAACUUGACGACUGCUCAGCUGAAGCUGUCGUUUGCCGAGUCCGCGUUCAUGUUGGGUGUUCUCGCUGGCGACUUCAAGAACCCGCAGGCGCCGACGGUUUACAUGAACGUCAUGUUUGAGCAAGAGAGAUUCCCGUUCGAUGAGGGGUUCAAGACCUCUGCAACAAAGGUCACCGGUGAUCAGGUGGACAUGUUGGUGGCAGAGAUGAUGAAGGUUACUCCUCCAUAG